CCCGCUUUGUGUGUGAGCACCCUUCCACCAAGUAACCCGCACCACGGCGCCCCUCGCUUAACAUCGGCCAGGUCGGCUUCGCCCGACGAAGUGUCGUCGGUCGCAAAGCAGUGACAACAACGAACCAGCAGGCCUCGCCCUAGCUUGUUCAUUGUUGCCCACCUCUCAUACCAGCUUCGACAACAGCACCAGCCACCUCCCUCCCCUCACCCCCUCCAUUCUAUCUCUCUUCCUAUCUCCCAUACACACUCGCUGGUCUCUUGUGUUUGCUUGUGUCUCCGUUUGAGUUGCGGUUGGGCCCGUCGGUUGCUUUCCCCGGCUCAGUUGCUCUCCCUCGUGCGUUUUUGUUCAUCUUCCUCAGUACUGUCUGCACGGCUACACGUUCUUGCUCGCUCGCGUGCCAAUCAAUUGCUGUCCUCCUUCCUCUUCUUCUGUUUUCAUCGUGCACAACAUAUCGCCAUUGUUCUUCCGUGCCUUUGUUUUGUCUCGUGAACGACUGCUACUGCUACCUCAUCUUGCGUGCUCGCUCGCUCGUGGACAGAAUCAGCUGCAACACACAUCCACCAAAGUGUAUUGUUCUGUUGUGGUUGAACAAUUCUCGUGUAGGGCACUUCCUCUGUUCUCCCGUCCUCUCGUCCCGUCCGUCCGUUCUCACUUGUGUCUGAUCUAAACUCUGUCUUCUUCCAUCCACUCCAUUUCUCUUAACAUACCUCAUCAGUUGCUUCACUGUCGGCUAGGACCGCAUCUACUACUACUACUACUUCUUCUUCUCUUCCUCCUCCUCUUUCUGCCGGCUUUCUUCCUGCCCCCCGACCCCCGGCGCGCCCUCCUCCUUUUCUUUUCCUCUUGUUCUUCGGGUUUGUCCACCUUCAAGCCCAACUCAACAACGUCAUGGCCGGUGCCGCACCGCUUUCCCGUGAGUCAUCCGGUCAAGUUCCCACGGCCCGCCGGCGCCACGCGCGCAAGGCCAAGGCCCGCAGCGACGCUCUGCUGGCCUCAAAGGCUGCCGCCGUCAAGUGCGAGUUUGGCUCUGUCGGCGACCUGUGCCCAACGCUCAUGGCUUCCAAGCCCAAGGCAAAGGCCAAGCCGUCCAAACCCAAGUCAUCUCAGCCGCCCACAGCUGCGUCUGCGACCUCCGCCUCCGAGCCAACCGAGAAACCCACCCCCACACACGCGCCCGUCGCAGAUGUCGCAGAUGCCCACGUUCCUAUCGCCGACUACGGCGUGUGGUGGAAGUCUUCGGUGGAAUUUCUUGCUGACACCCUCCAAACAGAACCCUCGAGCAGCGCCUUGAGCGGCGGCGGGCAUGUGGACAAUGCCGCCAACUUCGACCUCGACUUCAGCCAUGCUGCCCGUGCUGCCACAUCUACCGCCAUCUCACCAAGGCCAACCAGCGCCAGCGAUGCUCUUGCUGAUUCGGGCCAUGGCAGCAGCCGUGGCGACGCCUACUUUGGCGCCGUUGGUGACCAUGAAGAGGCGGAUGAGGGCUGCGCCUCUCGCGCGGCACUGGCUAGCUCCACAAAGGAAGGUGCAGAUGUGAUGUUGGCGGCCGCCGUCGACCCCGCACUCACCGUUCCAUCGCCAUCGCCCUCGCCACCGACUGCUUGCCCUGGCACAAGGACAUCGCCGUUCCCUGCUUCUUCGCCCGCGAGGAUGCGCGUGUCUGGGAUGGCGACUGCUUCUCAGGACAGUGGGCAAUGUUACGAGUUGUGGUUGGUGCAGUUGUUGCUGUCGCGGUUUAAAGGGGAUGACCUGAGCAGAGGCAUGGCUCAGUUGUGGGAUGACAUUCUCGCAGAGGACACGACCCGGCCGCGGACGCCAUCGACGCCCCGCCGCUUUGACCUCGCCGAGCCCGUCAGACAGCCGCUGCCCCUGUUUCUCGAGGAAUUUGUCAGUACGCGCGUGUGCUCGCGCGAGUGCCUGCCACUCGCCUACAUCAUCUCCACCAGGGCCCGCGCCAACCUUGGCGUCAUGUUCUCGGUGCUGAACGUGCAUGUGCUGAUUGCGGCGUGCCUGACGGCGGCCUCCAAGCUGAUGGAUGACCGCUACUGCUACAACACAUACUAUGCCGGGCCCGCCCGCACAUCCAUCGAGCACUUCAACGAAUGCGAGCGGUUCAUCUGCUUUAACCUGUGCUUUGACCUGCAUGCGUCGCUGCGCGAGUAUGCUUCCGUGCUGCGACGCGCCUAUGAUGCCAUCUCUGUGGUGCCAAGGCCCCUUUCCCCCCAGCUGCCCCCACAGCUUCAGAGCAUGCCUCCUGGCAUGCCCUAUCACCAGGUGGCAAUGGUUGCGCCAACCCCGCCCCCAAACUCGCCCGCGCGCGUCAGUCACGACGCAACCCACCAGCCUGCGGUGUACCCCCGCGGCGGCCCCGUCCAACAGCAGCCAGCAGCAAUGGUGGCGGCGCAGUUUCAGUACCACAUGGCCGGCCCCGUCUCCCACCACCACCACCAAUACCAUCACCACCACCAAUACCCCUACGCCACGCCGUCUCUCCCAUACUACUACCAACAGCCGCCGCCACAUGUGCGCCCGCAGCAGCAGCAGCCCCAGCAGCCUACGAGGCUGCAAGCAUCAAGGCCUGACAUUGCGCCCGCCCCCAAUGCCCCCGUGCCUCAGCAACACCAGCAGCUGCCGGUGUACCACCACCACAACUACCACUACCAGCAGCAGCAGCAACAACAGCCGCAGCAGUCGCGUCUCAUGACCCAAAACCCAGCGGUGAUUAUGCCGUCACUUCCUGAUCUUCCAACGUACUCUGCGUUCAACACGGCCAUGUCAUGCUCGCACUCGACUGCAGCUUCGUCUGUGGUCAAUUCGCCGAGCCAAGCCCCACCCAUGCAUGUGCCCGAGCACGUGCGGUACGGUUCCAUGGUGGCGGCGCGCCCUGUCAUUAACGCGGCGACUGUGAUGCCGGCCCAUCUCCAACACCACUCACACCACCAACCACAGUACCAACACCAAUACCAGCACCAGCAGUACCCAGCUGCCCCGUAUCCCGUGCCCCCUCAGCCACACUAUCCUCCUCAUCCCCAACACCUGCAGCAGCACCUACACCAGCACCUGCGCCAGCACCAGCAGCAGCAGCAGCCGGUGGCGGAGCGUCUGCCUCAUCUUCAGCACCACAUGUACCACUCGCCUUAUUCGCAACAACUUUCUCAGCAGCCAGCGGCCCCAGCGGUGCUGCCACCGGUGCUCACGUCAUCGGCUGCGUAUGCCGUCGCCUGUGGUGCACACGAUACGGCUGAGCAGAAACUAGAGCUGGCGCAGUCAGGGACGGGGCUCGUCACGCCACACUCAUCACCAUUCGUGCACCCGCUGGAGCGGGACGAGGCACCCAGCACCACUGUCGCAGAAGCCACGUUGACACCAAACGUCUCGCCCGCUACGCACCACAGCACACGGCGGUCGGCCUCGUGCACAUCACAGCUCUCCGCUUCGUCCAACUCCACAACCACGUCAGCAUCAGCAGGCACGCCUCCAAACGCAGCUACAACAGGAACCGCGACAGCGACUACAACAACUACACCAUCGGCUGCGGCUGCGGCCGUGGCAGUCUUGGAUGAGCGUGAGCAGCCUGCAUCGCUGUGUGCAGCACCACAACCGCAGCGGCAGAGGCGCUCUAACGUGCAGGUGCGCCCGUCGUCGCCGUACUGCGACAAGGCGUCAAUGUCGCCGCCAGCCGAUUCCGGCUUGCCCACGGUGGCGCAGACGACGCCCGUCCUCAACCCCUCCCCUCGCCGCCAGCAGCAGCAGUACUACGGCUACCGCAACCCCACCAUGGCCAUCACGGCUUGCGCGGCCACGGCAGCGCGGCCACCUGCUGCAGCUGUUGCGCAGCAUUAUGCUCGCUCCAGCUGCACGGCUCUCACCUGCAUGGCGCUGACGACGACACAGUUGCUCCAGCAGUCCAUGCCACCCGUCGUCUGAUGCGGUGCGCGUAGCUGGUGGUGUGGCGGUGCUCAAUUCUUUUUUUCUUUUUUUUUGUCUGGAGUUGAGCCCCAUUGCGUGAUUCCUUUGCGUGUGCUUGUGAGCAGUGAGUGAAGUUGGGUUGCAGUUGAAGCUUUCUUGCGAUGGAGCUGUCGACUUGCUUUGGGUUUCCACUCGUUGCUGCCUACGAUUUAUGAGCUCUGUUGUUCCUUCUCUUUUGUUUUCUUCGUCUUCGUCUUCGUUUCUCUCUUUCCUUUUUCUUUUUCCUUCUCCUCUCCUCCUCUUUGUUUCUCGUCACCCACUUUGUCGGGUCCUUCUUGACCUUCUAAGGUUUUGAUGUGUAUGUGUGGUGGUGGUUUGCAUGGAUGGUAUUUGAGUGUCUGGUUGAAGGUUCCAUAAGUGUACAAGUCUUGGUUUCCCCGCGUCCCCUUAUAUCCGUGUUGGUUUUUCAUUGACGUGAUCGAUUUUGGUCGUAAGCGCUGCGUAUUUUCUUUCCAAUCCCCUCUCCCCUUGUCCUUUCCACAACAUUGACUUCCCGUGUGCCCAAGAAGAAAUUCCAUCUCCGUGCCAUUUCACUUGGUUGUUUUCUUUGUCUUCUCCUCGAAACUUUGGGCCCCAAUGUGGGUCAUCAGCCGGUAAAAUGGCACUUUUUAAAAUGCAACGAACACUGUGUGUGUCGGGAGGGGGAAAGACU